AUGGAGUUUAAAUCACUUAGGGGCAAGAUUAUUGGGGUGACUGGCGGCGCCUCGGGCAUUGGUCUGGCGAUUGUGCGAAAACUCCUGGCGGUGGAAGCCAAGGUUGCCGUCGCCGACCUGUCUCCCCAACCGGAAGAAUUGGCCAACAAUCCUAACGUCAUCUACACGAAGGUGAACGUGACUUCACGACAAGAAGUCCACAGCUGGGUCGAGAAGAUCGUUGAGAAAUUUGGUCGUCUGGACGGCAUGUGCGCCAACGCCGGCAUCUGUCCGGUGGAAAAUGGCGUUGCUAGCGAUGAUGUCUACCGUAGGAUCAUCGAGGUCUGCGUUACUGGGGUAUGGAACACGGGCACCGAGGCAUAUCGCCAAUUCCAGCGACAGAAAGGUGGCGGUGUCCUGGUCAACACAGCCAGCGCUGCGGGCUUAAAGGGCUACCGAAAUAUGGCCGUUUACUCAACAGCCAAACAUGCCGUUGUGGGUUUCACGAGAUGUUGGUCGUUGGAUUGGGCCCCCGAAGGCAUUCGCGUGAAUGCAAUUGCUCCAGGAUUUACCGAAUCUCCCAUGACUGACGCCGUUAUCAAAGACUUUCCACAAGUCGCGGAACAUAUGAUCGCCGCCAUCCCCUUAGGAAGAAUGGGUAAGGCAGAAGAGCUUGCAGAUAGUGCCUUGUUCCUGCUGGGCGACUCGGCUUCCAACAUCACGGGUUCUAUUCUCGUCUGUGAUGGCGGUAUGCUCAACUCGUGA